AUGUGGGCAAUAGGAAGAAGAAGACUCUUCUCCACCAUUCCGGCUCUAGGCCCUUCUCAUAUAGGAUGGAUGCACGGCGUCGGGGGGGGGUCGAAAUUCCCAGAGAUCGACGUCUUUGGUGACGUUUAUGUUCGACCUGGGAAUGAGUUGGCCAAGUCCUUUCAUACGACGAUGGUGGAGAGGAGCCAGUUGGUUCUUCAAGAGUCCGCCUCCCAACUUCCUCCCGAGACUCCGAUCGAGUCUGUCGAUCCUCCGCAUGAUGCUACAUUUCAUAUUUUGACGCAGACGUUGGAUCAGACUCUCGGGAGGAGGCCGGGAACGUAUUGUAGGGGGAUGGGGAAUGCCCGACAGAGGGAACCUCGACCGCGGUCAUCGUCGCAGGCAAACAGUCAGGUGACUGUUUUGACAUCGCGGGUUGCCGAGCUUGAGGGUCAGAUGUCUGUGAUUCUGCAGUCCCUCGCGCGGUCCGGCAUUCCAAUCCCGAAUUUUGGUGCGUCGACCUCCGAGCCCGUCCACCCCGAGCAUCCCUAG